AUGUCAAAAUCAAACCAAUCAUCGUCAUCCCCACCUGCCUACAUUAAUCAUGGUGAUGUACCUGCAACGAGUAAUGAGAUACCGCCAACGGCUUCGGUGAAUCAGUCAACUAUCUCAGUUUCUCAAGAAAGUGUAGUAGAUUCAGCUGCGACAAUUCAGCAAGUCGAUGCAUCAAGUCUAACGAUAACAGCACCUGCCAUUUCAAGAUUUAUGGUAGACUCCAGUACAGCAGAAAGUGACAAAAGCUACCCUAAUGGUUUGUUUAUAAAGCUUGAGAAUGUUAUCCAGCAGCUAGAGUCGUCCCAGGAAGAACGACUUAUUACAAGGCUUGAAAAUGUUCUAUCACGCCAGGCGGAGUCAAAUUCCAGUUUUCUAAGUGAGAAGGUGAACACCAGGAAGCCAAUUAAGCUUAAGGAUGCAGUCGGGAGACGCUUUAGCUUCCCUUAUCACCGAUGUGAGACCUGGGAAGGAAUUUCAGAACUCAUCAAAGCAGCAUUUCUUCAUGUCGAAAUCAUCGGCUCACAUGUUAGCGAAGGUCAUUAUGAUAUUAUGAAUCCGGCUGGGGAAGUCAUCCUCCCUCAACUCUGGCAAGAUCAUGUCCAACCUGGAUGGGAGAUUUCCAUGUCAAUGUGGCCAAUUUCUGGUCCUCCCAAGCCAAGAUUUAUGGCACCAACACCGAAUGCGCCGGUACAUGUUAUCGUGGAUAGAGUACUUGAACCUGCUCCAGACUGUUUUCGGUUGCAUUAUCCACCUAGUUAUUCUAGUGGUUUAUGUGCUCAGGGAAAAGGAGUUCGAGGAUUAUGGCAAAAAAUGAAAAGUAUAUUCACGAGAAAAAGGAUGACAUAUGACUCUGAUGGCAGUGAGUCUGUUUGUUGUGAUUGAUUUCCAGUUCAUCAAUUUCCGUCAAUUCGAGGUCGGGCGGUUUGGUCUGACAUGAACGAGUUUAUUUUUGAUUUUUUCAGAACUCAAGUAACUAUUAGAUCACUGAAGUUACCAAUUGUUCAAUAACUCGUCAUUAAGAAAUGUUCAAGAUAGAGUUAUGUCAUCGACAGUCGUGCUUGUAAGUGUUUCAGAGUGAAUGGGUCAUAAUGGGAUGGCAUCCUAGGAAUCGACAACGUUGCUAGAUAUUUUCACAAAUUUAGAUUAUUGCAAGUCAAAAUAUUAUAAGUUUUCCCGUCACAACGAGUCAGAGCAUUCUUUGAAUUUUUAUGAUCCCGUCAAAUGAGAUGAGAGCUCUCUCCAGGGCUCUCUACCACACCGCAUGAGAACAUUCGAGAACACCAAUCCUUAUAGGA